GAAAAGUCGGGAGGGCAAAAAAGCAGGGAAAGUGAACCCGGUAAUCGGAAACAGGAAAAUGAAAUCGUCAACGAAAAAGACUACAGCAAAGACAAAAAUGACGUGGAUAUAAACUUUUCUUGAAGUGAACCAUGUGAAUGAUGUGGAUAAAGUGGAUCGCGCAGUAUGAGGACGGGGAUGUGGACAAGAAGAACGUGGAUGAUGCGGUGGAUGAUGAGCAUGAAAUGGAUGAAACGAUACCUGAUGAGGAUGAUGUGAUAGAUGAUGAUGUGGACGAUGUGGAUGAAGCAGAUGAUGUGGACGAAGUGGAUGAUGCAGAUGAUGUGGACGACGUGGAUGAUGCAGAUGAUGUGGACGAUGUGCAUGAUGCAGAUGAUGUGGAUGAUGUGGAUGAUGUGGAUGAUGUGGUAGAUGACGUGGAUGAGGUGGUAGAUGACGUGGAUGACGACGUGGAUCAUGUGGCAGAUGACGUGGAUGCUGUGGAUGACGUGGAUGAGGUGGUAAAUGACGUGGAUGACGACGUGGAUCAUGUGGCAGAUGACGUGGAUGCUGUGGAUGAUGUGGAUGACGUGGAUGAGGUGGUAGAUGACGUGAAUGAAGUGAUAGAUGACGUGGAUGAAGUGGUAGAUGACGUGAAUGAUGCCGCAGAUGACAUGAAUGACGUGGAUGAUUUGGAUGAUGCGAAUGAUGCCGAUGACGUGGACGAUAUGCAUGACGUUGAUGACCCUACGAACUCGAUAUGCAUGAUGUGUCAUGUGGAUGAUGUGGAUGACGAGGAUGACGUGGAUGAUGUGGAUGAUGUGGAUGAUGUGGAUGAGAUGUGGAUGAGAUGUGGAUGAUUUGGAUGAGAUAGAUUGAUUGACUGAUCGACAGAUUGAUUGAUUGAUUGAUUGAUUGAUUGAUUGAUUGACCCAAGGGCUGACUACAGAGAUUAGAGCACACCGACGGCAAUUGGUCGAGGAAUGGACAACAAGAGCUGAUUACAGACCGUCGCGAGCCUACGGCGAUGUCUUUCUCUGACUGAUUGAUUACCCGUGCUGACGUGUGCGAUGGUUGUGGCGGCAGGAUAUCCGCCCUAGCAUCUUCGCAGCUGACAAAGAUCCCGAUCGGAACACCCAACGCUGAUCCUAGCCAACCCCGAACCUAUCCCCAACUGUGUUUUCUGAACACCUUCAGCCGUAUUGGUGACCCACCCCUCUUUCUUACUGGAGGCUACUGACAGAGAGCCUACUGCCCGCCCUCUUUCUUACUGGAGGCUACUGACGGAGAGCUUACUGCCCGCCCAGAAGAGAACCGUGACACGUGUCGACGCGGAGAUAGACACCUACCACACCUCACCUCUUCCCGCUCUCCGUACCUCGCUACCGAUAGGAGGCUCGGCUGAGGAGGUCGGCCGCCUGCCCGUCCACCCUCCCGCCAAAAAGACCCCCGGUUUUGUGAGAUUGCAUAAAAAUGUGAUCUGAGCGGAUUCUGUGUGGCGUGGCCUACCGGCGCGUAGCAGUGACUCCAUCUUUGAAGUCCCAAGUUCCGAAGCCCAGGUUCCACGGCCCAACUUAGGCCCACGUUCCACGACCCAACUUAGGCCCAGGUUCCACGGCCCAACUUAAGC